UUUGAUGAUAUAAAUCAUUUGUAAACAAUUUUAAUAUCAAAUUAGCAAUGAAUUUAAAUAUUGUUUGGAAAAAAUUAUGCAUAAUGAAAUUAUAUACAUAUAGAAUUUUAUGUAACUAUUGUUAUGCAGAUUUUGAUAUGAAAAUAAUUCUACUUUUAAGAACAAAUUAAAUUAAAAAUUUAGUUUACUUUAUUAAAAUUAUCAAUAUAAACAAUUUUAUUAUACUUCAUUCAAAUUUAAGAAUAGUAAAAAUAAUUUUUUAACAAAUUCAUUUAUACAUUCAUUCAUAGUUCAUUUUUAUUAUUUAAUAAAAUAAUAAAGUUUAAUACAAUAAAAUAUAUUGAAAUUCUAUAUUUGAUAUAAAAUUAAAAAAAUAUAUGAAAUAAAGAGAGAGAGAGAAAAAAUAGAUUUUAAAAUAAAUAUUUAAACAUAUAAUCAUUAUUAAUAAUGAUUAUAAAUAGUUAUUACUUAUUACUUAUUAAAUACUUCAUUUGAAUAUAAUUAUUAAUAUAUUCUAAAAUUAUUUUAAUAAUAUUCUUUUGUUUUUUUAUAUAAUAUAUAUCUUUAUUAAAAUUAUAAUAUAGUAUACAGUAUAUACAAUAUAUACUUAAACUAAAAUCAAAUAGCGGGAAAUUUAAAAAAAAUAAUUUUACAAAAUAAUUUAUUAUUUAUAUUUAUAAAACUAUAAAUUCAUAAUAUGAACUAUAAAAUUGAUAACUAUAGUUUAAAUACAUUUUGACAGUGAAAUUUAUUAAUUAAAUUAUAAUCUUUUUUGUCUUAUUUUUAUAAGCUACUAUAUGGGUGAAAUUGUCAAACUAGUUGGCAGUAUAAUUUAGAGGUUAUGUUUCUUUUAAAAAACUAACAAAUUUUCAUUAAUUUUUUUAUUCGUUUAUAAAAAUAUUGAACAUGAGUGAGAGACAAGAAGGUCCGAUAUUACAAGAAUUAUUUAAACAUAUAAAAUUGGACUCGAAAAGCGGAAUUUGGUCAUGUUUGACACAACUUAAAAAUGAUUCAAAGUGUUAUAAGCAAUUUGCCAAAGAUGGAGGAUUAGGCAUUUUAGUAAAUUUACUUCAUUGUCAUAAUAUAAAAAUAUUGAAUAUGACUUUAAGUAUUUUAGCAAAUGCUUGCAUGAAUUCCGAUGCAAGAGAAAAGGUCAAAGGAUCUAAAAUAGCAACUCAUGUAAUUUCUAUAAUAAAGCAUAUAAAAUUAGGAAAUUCUUUGCAUUGUCGUGCUUGUAGACUAAUUGGUAAUUUAUCUGAAUGUGAUUGGCAUGCAAAAUCAUUAUGUGAAGCUGGAGCAGUACAAGCUUUGGUUGAUCUUUUACAAUUAGACAUAUAUAUGCAAACUUAUUUAAUGGGUAUUAGAGCUAUAAGAAAUAUUUGGACUAUGUAUGAAGGUAGUAGAGAAGAAAUCUUAGAAUCUGGAGUAAUAAUUCGAAUUACAAAUUUAUUAGUAAUGGCAAAGGAACAAUUACAAACAGAUACAAAAUAUAUAGAUUUAAUAGAAACCUGUUUAAAAGCCAUGUGUGUAUUUUUGGCUACGCUUGAUCCUCGAGUUGGGGAACAAUUACGAGGGGAAAAUGAUAUGCAGGGUUAUAAGUGUAUUGUACAAUGUUGUGAUAUGAAUAAUAAAAUAGCAAUCAGAUGUUUGUACAAUCUUUGCCAAAUUGCAGAAUGUCGACCUAUUCUGGGAAAUUUUGGUGCUAUUGAAAGUUUGAUUAUUCUCAUCAAAGAUCACUUGGAACUAUCUAAAGAAACAUUAGUCAGUUUAUGUUUGUUUUGUAGAGAAGCUGUAAAUCGUGCAAGAAUUAGAAUGGGAUUUGGCUUAGAAUUAAUGUUAUCUUUAUUAAAAGAUAUUAAAAAUGAAAAAUAUCAUCCUGUGUUAUUGCAUGCUUUAGCACAAUUCAUUUAUGAUGAUCCAAGUAUUACAAUAAUGAUAAAAAAUGGUUUACUUGAUGUUUUAGUUAUUAGAUUAAAAAAAAUGGUAACUGAAACAGUAUCUUACGAGGAGACGAACGUUUCAAGAAAAAGAGAGAAUGAUUCUCCUCCUAAUAAACAAAUAGAAUUAAAAUAUAAUAAGACAAAUUUAGGAAGAUUUAGUUCAGAUUAUUAUCGAGAUGACUGGAGUCCAGGUAGUACUGUUAGUGUUUCUUCUUCACCUCCUAGUACACCACCAUUACCUUUUUAUGAUUCUAUUGAAAAUGAUGAAAAUACUGAAGACAAUUAUAGUCCAGUUUGUAGCGAUACAGAAAUAAUGGACAACGAAGAUGAACCUCAAGAAGAAGUAGAAUCAUUAAAAAGUUGUAAAUCAAUAACUGUAAAUGUGGAGAAAUCUCAAAAUUCAGAAGAAGGAAAUAAAUCAAAUGUUUGGGAAUAUGCAAAUGUAUGGACAUUAGUGUUAUUAAGUCGAUUAAGUCAUUCAAAUGAUCCAGUUGAUCGAUUGGCUGAUCCCGCAACUAUUGAAGCAUUAUCAGCUUAUAUCAAACAUGCUAAAAAUCCAAAAGCAUCUAGAAUUUUAACUAGAAUUAUAAGAAAUGGAGUAUAUUUAAUACCAUUAUUAAAACAAGGCUUCGUUUUUGAAGCUCAAACAUUAUACGGUUCUGAACAAUAUAUAAGACAACUAUGUGCCCUAGCAGAAACUGGCGGAGCGAUAGGUGAACUUACAUCUAUAUUGCUUCGUGGAGAGGAAGCUCAUAAAUUAGUUAUUGCAGUUUCGAUACCAUUCCUAAUCAAGUCACGAUAUAUUCUAAAAUCACUUCUGAAUAAUCAUGGUGGUCUUCGAUUAAUAUUUCAGAUUCUAUCUAAUCAACAACACAAUCUUUAUGAAAAUGCUAUUUGGUCAAUUUGUCGAUUAGCAAACACAUUGGAAAUUCAACCUGAGAUUGUAGAAAAAUAUCAAAUCAUAGAAACCAUUUCGACAGAUUUUCCAAGAGUGUACGACAAUCAUCCGAAACCUGCAACAGUUACAUUUGAACUAGACGAUGGUACGACUAUUGAUGCUUGUAGGCAAACAUUAUGUCAAAAGUCGGAUGCCUUUUCAGCGAUGCUUGAAGGAAACUUUUCAGAAUCGGGUAAAAAACGUGUUAAAUUAAGAAACACAUCAAAAGAAGGUCUUAAUACAUUACUUCUAGCUGCAAAUGGUUCGACUUUCGAAAAUAGAACUAUUGAAUCUAUAUUAGACGCUGUACUAUUAGCGGACAGGUUCCUUAUGGCUGAUAUAUCAGAUAUUCUUACAGAAAGUUCUAUAUCUAAAUUGAAUUAUAAAAAUUUGAGUAAAGCGUGGAAUUGGGCGAGAAUGAACUCAUGUCACGAACUAAAAUCUUGUUGCGUAAAAAGAUUUCUGACAGCUUCAAUGACAAAAUCUGAAAGAGUUCAAGCAUUUCAAGAUUUUUCUACUACCGACAAUUUUCAUGAAUUUUUAGACGAAGUAAAAAAAAUCAUAAACAACGUUUUGUGCCAACGUUAAUAAUAAAUUAAUUGUAUAUAAUUGUAAUAUUUAAUAAUAUUAUUUUAAUUAUUUAAUCUAUAUUUUCUAAAUUUGAAAUGCUUAAUGAAACUUUUAUAUAACAAAAUAUUUUACUCAUUCUCUUCGAUCAUGCUUUAUGAAUUUAUUGUAAAACUUAGAAUUGAUGAAUAUUAAUAAGUAUACAAUUUAUAAAUGUCAUUUAAUUAAAAUAUAUAUUUAAAUGUUAAUAAUUGUAACAUAAAUAAUUAAUUUACACAUAAAUAUGUAUGUACAAUGGAGAAAAUAUUUGUAUUUUAUUCAAUAUAAAUGUAUAUGGAUAAAAUAUUGCAUAGAAGGAAAUAAAAAAAUAAACAACAAAAAAGUA